CUACUUCUACCUAUUUUUUACUCACUGAAGAAAAAUACACUUUCUGGCUUCAAGUGUUUAGUUUGUUUUGCUAGUACAAGGGCUUGGUGAACAAAGACCCUAGUUGUUUCUGUCCCGCACUGGUGUUUAAGUUUGACCACAUCAUGGAAAUCAUUUAAUACUGUAUUUACUAUUUAAGUCUGCCAUAACCUUUUGAAAAUGUGUAAGGACUGUACACUUUAAAUAUUGCACUAGUGUGCCUCCUGUUUAUGCAUACUCCAGAAAAGAUCACUACUGUUGUUGGACUAAAGGGUCUGAACGAAUGUACUUUUCUAUUAUGAGCUCCUCUGGCUCAUGGACGCCGCUUGCGACCGUGGGUGUUUUAGGUCCCCAGUAUCUUCCAGUUAGAUGGUGGCAUUCUUCUCAUCCCCUUCAAGAUGACUCCAUGAUUGAAAAAUCGCUGAAGUCCUUGAAGGACAAAAACAAGAAGUUGGAAGAAGGAGGUCCUAUAUAUAGUCCAACAGAAGUAGAAGUUGUUAAAAAAUCUCUCGGACAGAGGAUUGUGGAUGAGCUGAAGCAUUACUAUCAUGGUUUUCGAUUAUUGUGGAUUGAUACAAAAAUAGCUGCAAGGAUGCUGUGGCGAAUACUUCAUGGGCAUACUCUGUCUCGUCGAGAACGUAGACAGUUCCUUCGAAUAUGUGCUGAUCUCUUCCGCUUGGUCCCUUUCCUAGUUUUUCUUGUUGUCCCAUUUAUGGAGUUUCUGCUUCCAGUAGCUCUUAAGUUGUUCCCUAAUAUGCUUCCCUCUACAUUUGAGACAAAAUCUAAAAAGGAGGAAAGACUGAAGAAACAGUUGAGAGUAAAGCUUGAGUUGGCUAAGUUUCUUCAAGACACGAUUGAGGAGAUGGCCUUAAAAAAUAAAGCAGCCAAAGGAAAUGUUACAAAAGACUUUUCAACAUUCUUUCAAAAGAUUAGGGAAACUGGUGAAAGACCUAGUAAUGAGGAGAUCUUAAGGUUCUCUAAACUAUUCGAAGAUGAAUUGACUCUGGACAAUCUAACCAGGCCUCAGUUGGUGGCACUUUGUAAACUGUUGGAACUUCAGUCAAUUGGGACAAAUAACUUUCUCCGCUUCCAGCUGACUAUGAGAUUGAGAAGCAUAAAAGCAGAUGACAAACUGAUUGCUGAAGAAGGAGUUGAUACACUGACUGUUAAAGAACUGCAAGCAGCAUGUCGUGCACGAGGUAUGAGAGCUCUUGGUGUAACAGAGGAACGUCUCAAGGAACAGCUUAAACAGUGGCUAGAUCUGCACCUGAACCAGGAAAUCCCUACUUCAUUGCUUAUUCUAUCCAGAGCCAUGUAUCUUCCAGAUACUCUUUCUCCAGCUGAUCAGCUUAAAACAACACUUCAGACACUACCGGAGAGUGUUGCCAAAGAAGCUCAGGUCAAAGUGGCAGAAGUUGAAGGUGAAAAAGUAGAUAAUAAAGCACGCCUGGAAGCAACACUUCAGGAAGAGGAAGCCAUCAGAAAAGAAAAUCAAGAAAAAGAGAUGGAAAGAAUAUCUGAAGCUGCAGAGAAAGCCAAGGAAACCCUUCAGGUUGCAGCCAUGAAAGAAGUGGAAUCAGCAGUGGAUCUUGAGACAGCUGGUUUGCAAGUUAAAAAAAGUCAUCUAGCUGUGGAUACUGAACAAGAACUGGCAAGGGUGGAUAUGGCGAUGCACUCAGAGACACUGAAAGAUACAGCACCAGUGUUGGAAGGCAUUAAGGGUGAGGAAAUAACUAAGGAGGAGAUUGACAUGCUGAGUGAUGCUUGCACCAAGCUGCAGGAGCAGAAAAAAUCACUAACAAAGGAAAAGGAGGAGCUUGAGGAGUUGAAGGGUGAUGUCCAAGAUUAUAAUGAGGAUUUGCAAGAAAUAAAGGAGCUAUCUAAAACUGGGCAAGAGGAGGUAGUGGAAGAGUCAAAGGCAAGCAAGCGAUUGACCAAAAAAGUGAACCGAAUGAUUGGUCAGAUAGACAAAAUUAUUAAUGAGUUAGAGACAAGUCAAACGAUGGUGGAUGCCAAGCUGGAAGGUGGUGAUAGUCCACCUGCUGGGGAGAAUCUCAUCAGUAUUGCUGAGCUUAUUAAUGCGAUGAAACAAAUUCAGAAGAUUCCAGAGGAGAAGCUAACUAGGAUUGCAGAGGCACUAGAUGAAAACAAGGAUGGCAAAAUUGAUAUAGAUAAUGUUGUUAAGGUAGUAGAAUUGAUUGACAAAGAAGACAUUGAUAUUGGAACCAGUCAGGUUGCUGAGAUUAUGGCACUGCUUCAAAAAGAAGAAAAACUGGAAGAGAAAGAGAAAGCAAAGGAAAAACUGGAUAAGGGAGCUGCAGAAGCAAAGAAUUAAACUUCGUAAUUUGAAGAAAAGCCAGAUUUUUAUUUAACCAAAACCAUGUAUAUCUUUGUGUCUAAUGGCUUCAUAUUAGUUGAGCUUUUGUGAUUAUGGAAAGCGUUUUGAGCUGAUUCUAGUAAUAAAUCAUAGGUAUGUUUUCUGACAUGUGGAAUGAAAUUUCCGUUCAUCAAACAAGUAAUUUACUGUCAUUCCAUACAGAUGAAAACAAAAUAUGCUUCUUUAUCAGUGUUCCUGCCCACAAAAUCAUGUAUUUGCACUCGUUGUGGUACAGUGAUUCAUUAAACUUAAGAGUUUGCUGUAUAAAUUAAGUGUAUCUAUCAUGGAAGAAUGUUUCUCAUUUAUUUUCUUUCAUCAUUACAUAGGGCCCAACCUUGUUCUGCUUCUGCCUUUUAGCUUUUUCAGAAUUUAAUACAAACUUUCUCUUCCGUCAAAAUACUACAUUUUUGUGAUGUUAGUGAAGAUCCUGUGGCUUCAAUAGUAGCUCUUUAGGUUUGCUUUCAUUUAAGCUUAAUGUCAUUAAGCUGUUGCCUCACUGACAGAGAAUGGCAUUCUAAUUACUUUUUUUAAUCCAUGAAUUUUUUCUGUUGAGGGGAAAAAUCAGGGUUUUUUUUCCCCUAGAAUGGAAACUUUCCAUGAAGUUUGCUUCUUAUGGGUGCCUUAAAUUUCUUAAGACUAGGGAGCAGAGGAUGUUGCUUUUACUCAAAAUUCCAUUUGAAUUACUAAAGCAUUGGAAUCACAGGAGCCUUUAAAACAGUUUCAGAUCACAAUCAGUCACACAGUAAAAUGAGUUUGUCUAAAAAGUAAAAUGAAACUAAUUGUAAGGGGAAAAUGUCAGUUGUGAUUUUUUUUUUUUUUGGCAUAUAUUUAAAAAAAACCCACAGUUAGGAAGGCAUGUUUGUUCUUGUUCACCUGAUGGCUGUUUACACCACAGAUUCUCUUACCUCUUGAUUUUCAUCUCAGGUACAAAAUUCACUAACCAAGUACAGCUGGAGUACAUAAAUACUUUCAUCUCAUGGCCUUGCUGACUGUGCAGUCAAAAAGUGACGUCUGAUACAGCCAGUGUUUUGACUACAUCAUUGGUUUUCUAGAUUAUUUGUUAUCGGUACUGUCUUUAACCAUGUAAUUAAAUACUGACAGUCUAGGUUCACUCAUUAAAGUCUGUCUUUAGCAGUAAAUUCUCAAAUUUUAAAACAAAGAUACUGACUGUAGAAUGCUCCAUAAUUCCUGGCAUAUAAACCUUCUUGAUUUUGUGUACUCUAUAGAAAGCACAUUUUAUGAUGGUGCUGCGCACAGUGAUAUUGAGGUGGGCAGUUAGUACUUAAUGUUUAUAGUAAUAAUUGCGUAUUUCCCUAGAAAACGUUGGCUCCCAAGUGUAUUUCAGCAUAAUUAUAUGCUCAAUAUUUAUCUAGAUUAGCUAAAUUAUUUGUAAAAACUCAUUUGAAGUUAGUGGAACAAAAAAGUUUGGACAGUCUCAUGGUUUGCGUGAUGGACCAUAGCAUUUAGUUGUUACAAAGCAAGAUGUACAGUAAGAUUAAUUUUAGAAGAAGGGUCAGUGUUCACAUGUUGAGUUUGUACUCUGUACAGUUUGCAAAGAAAGCUGCUUACAGUACUGUUACUGAUCACAGAGUUACUGUAAUUUUAUUUUAUUAGUAAAAUUGCUGUGACAAAGCUGAAAUUUCAUAUCAGUAUGAUCUUUGCAGUUAAUAUAAUCCUAGGGGAUUGUUUUCUUUCUUGUAAAUUGAGAUUAACUUGGAGAUAUCAGCAUGGAAGUCAGUUUGUAGAUUUUGAAGAUAUGACUUCACUAUAAGCUUUUUAGGCCAAAACUUACCUUACGUGAAAAUGCAAGAGUAAAACUAAUUUCACUAAAAUACACUUUUAAAACUGACUUGAUAUUGUAUGAUUAAAAUUGGAAUUAGUGGGCUCUGAAGUGUGCUAAAUCUUGCAUUACUAAAAUAUCUUCAGUUUGAAAAAAAUUGUAAGCAGUCUUACUUGACAUUCCUUGAUCUUUAUGCAGGGAUAAGGUUAGCUGGCUGAAAUGUGAUAAAGAUAUUCUAACUAAAAUUGUCCUCUAGCUUUCAUGCAAUAUCAGAAGUUUAGGAAUGGAGUGGACUUCAAUGCAGUUAGUUUUAAAAUAGGGAAAUAUCAGAAGAAGCUGUUUUCAAAGAUUUACUGAUUUUUAAGCUUUUUACAGCUUUAACUGGCCUGGCAGUGAAGUAUCUGAUUGUAUUAUUUGGGACUUUGCUGCUGCUAUUUAUAGUGUUUACUGUUCAUUUGAGUUUUUUCUGUGGAAUAUAUAACGGAGCCAAAAAUAGCUGGUUUUUAUAAAGAAUGCCCUGAUUAAGAUAAUUGUGACAUGUUCAUUGAUCACUUGUAGCUUUUGAGUUUGUCUGAAACUUGGUAUAUUGUGAGAAUUUAGUAGGUUAUAUGAAAUGCAUUUAAACGUAUUGCUUUCAGUCACAAAUGCCAGUUUCCCCCUGUUACCUAUGGAGUCCAAAUUAGCUGCGUGCCAACCACAGCAAAGUAUGUUAGCAGGAAGUAUCUGCCUUCUCACGUAGAAAGUAGGCAAGCCCACAACAGCUGGACUUCAGCAACAGAUGUUCUGCAAGCUUAAAAAGAUUAGGACGCGCUUGGUGAUUCAGUCGCCCUGUUUCAGACGCUUCAUGAGCAGCUCUGCACAGGUGAUAAAGACAACUUAAGCAAAUCACUGGCUUGCGGACUAGCUCCAGGUCAAGUGCUUUGUUGUCUUUCCUGUUGACCAAAAAAACAGAAGCUGCAGUACUUUCAGAGAAACGAUGACGUCCAAGUGUACAGUAACUGUUCAGAACUUACUCUGGAAUGAAUAUUUAGUCAGGAGAUGUAAAUAUUUGUUAAAAUAAUUAAGGGAUGUGUGAGAUUUGGGCGACCUUGUGACUUACACAGGCAAAGCCUCUAAGCUCAGAGGUAGGUAAUCAGUAAGACCAUUGUUGGAGUUGUUUCAGAUUUGCAUAAAGAUCAGAUUUUGAUUAUAAGCUAUUCAGGGAAAAAUAUAAAUAAAUUUAAAAAGCUUAGUAAUAAAACUCAAUUUAACGAGGAUGAGAAGUAACAUAGGAUGUCCUUCUGUAUCAUCCCUUCAAAGCAAUCAGGUUGUAAGACCUAUUUCAUUGAAGAAUUUAUUUCCAAUUCACACUAUCUCAAAAGGUGGUUUUACUGAGACUUUCAUUACUGAAUGCAUGCUGCGUAAGUAAAUCUGCCUGCAAGUUAGAAUACUGGGAAGCUAAUUUACUAGGUUGUUUGUCAGCAGGACUGCGUGUCGGUAGAGAAUAUUCUCUUGACAAGAUUAGUACCUUAUAUUGUAGGCUUUGUCUGGGGACAAAGUUGCAUCUUUUAUACAACUCCAAAAUACUUCUUGUAACUUUAUAUCUACAUAUCUUGCUAAUCAUUUAAACUUUAGCUACUUAAGCAUGUAUUUAAAUACUUUUUAAUUGUUUAUAUCAAAUUAUUGGGUAUACUUAAUUAAAAGAAAAAUCCCAUAUUCUGUUCUUGAUAUGUAUUUGAAGUUUUGCCUUUCAGUUUAAGAAUUUCAGCCCAUGUUAAAAUUAUAAGUUGUAAAUCAUGUGUCUAUGCUCUGAGCAUACUGGUCCUGUGUUUGCCAUAAUGUAGUAUAAAAUUUUUAAGCUAAUUGGAGUUUGUGUCCUCUGUUCAGUUUGAAUAAAUGUAUUAUUUUGAAACCUA